AUGGCGCAGGACGUCGUGCGGAUCGGCAUCGGCCUCGUGGGGCCCGGCACCGUGGGCGGCACCCUGCUGCGCCAGAUCGCCCGGCAGGCGCCCGCCGUGCUCUCCACGAACAAAGCCGACCUCCGCGUGCUUGGGAUCACCAGCUCAAGGAGAAUGGUCUUGUCGGACUCGGGGAUAAAUCUGCAUGGGUGGACGGAGAUAUUUGAGUCGAAGUCUGUGUCAGCUGACAUGGAGAGUUUCUUGAGCCAUGUCGCUGGCUGUGACGGCUAUCACCAUGUUCUUGUCGACUGCACUGCAAGCGAUGCCGUUCCCCUCCACUACAAGGACUGGAUUCUGAAAGGGGGCCAUGUGGUUGCCGCCAACAAGAAGCUGGGUGCAGGUGCCCUGGACGUGUACAAAGGAGUGAAGGAGAGUUGUGACAAAUGCGCGGCCACCUUUCUGUAUGAGGCCACUGUGGGGGCGGGAAUGCCAAUAAUUUCAACGCUGAAGGGAAUGCUGGACACGGGGGACCAGGUCCAACGCAUUGAGGGCAUCCUCAGUGGCACAUUGUCGUUCAUCUUGAACACACUUUCUGAACGACCCGGCACGUCUUUCUCAGAGGUCGUGUCACAAGCAAGGAAACUUGGAUUCACAGAGCCCGAUCCAAGGGAGGACUUGUCAGGGGCUGACGUUGUCCGCAAGGUGGUGGUCCUCGCUCGAGACUGUGGCCUGGAUAUAAGUGCUGAGGACGUUCCUGUGGAAAGCCUUGUACCCAAGGAACUGCAAGCUGUCAAGUCAGUGGAAGAAUUCAUGGAGAAGCUGCCGCAGUAUGAUGACCUCAUGCGGUCAAGACUCGAGUCUGCGAGGGCUGCAAACGAGGUUCUACGGUGUGUUGGCAUAGUGGAUAUUGAAAAGGCAUCCUGUGCGGUUAAAGUCGAGAGGUAUCCGUCCAGCCACCCCUUCGCCGGCAUUUCUGGGACGGACAACAUUGUGCAGUUCACGACCUCUCGGUACUCACCCCGUCGCUUGGUCAUCCAAGGCCCAGGAGCUGGUCCGGAAGUCACGGCGAUGGGCGUAUUUUCGGAUUUGCUGGCACUUGCGCACAGCCGCGGAGCGCCCCUGUGA